UUUAUUAUUCAUGAUAAUUUGUUUUAUAACCUAAUAUAACAUUAAAAAAAAUCAAAUAUGGCAAAAAUGAAAAAGACAAGAUAUAUAUCUGUAAAAAGAAUGAUUAGCUCACAUGAACAAAGUCUAAAUAAAUCUAGUAAAAAGAAAAGUGAAUCUGAAAUAUCAAAAAGCGAUUUUAUUCAUGAGAUCCCACGAGUUUCUUCAUCGUUGUUCUUUCAAUAUAAUAAGUCUUUAGGCCCUCCUUAUCAUGUUUUAGUGGAUACAAAUUUUAUUAAUUUUUGUAUAAAAAAUAAAAUAGAUAUUAUAAAGGGAAUGAUGGAUUGUUUAUAUGCAAAAUGUAUUCCAUACAUCACUGAUUGUGUUAUGGGUGAACUCGAAAAACUAGGUAGUAAAUUCAGAAUAGCAUUAAGAAUUGCUCGUGAUCCAUGUUUUGAGAGAUUACCAUGUUCUCAUUUUGGUAUUUAUGCUGAUAAUUGUAUAAUUUCCAGAAUAAUGCAAAAUAAUUGUUAUAUCGUUGCUACUAAUGAUAAAAAUCUUAAGGUUCUUAUACGUAAAAUCCCUGGCGUGCCAAUUAUGUAUGUUGGAAAUCAUAAAUUAAAAGUUGAAAGACUUGUAGGUCUUGAUUAGU